AAGUACCCGCCACUACCCCAGUUGGCCGAGCACAACAGAAAAAAAGCGCCUUCAGGUCGGCGCCAGUCAACCUCCCAUUCCUCGUUCUUCCCCAGACCCAUUCCUCGCACACCCAGAGCCCCAGAAAUCCAGUGCUGGCCAAGCCAUUUCCGGGAAAGAACGGACUGGAGGCCCGUCAGGGCCUGGCUUGUGUAGGCCGCAAACUGGCAGGCUUUGCUCAUGUUCGGCUCCUGCAGUCGGAGCUCCUCACCGGCCACGCUUAGGAAGAGUCCCGACCGCACUUCUCGGAAAGCUACAAACUUGUACAGCCUCGGC